AUGGCCGACGAUGACACCGUAACCGCCGAGGUCUGCAAGGAGGCUGACUUUGGGGAUGGAGAGCUGGGGGAGGUGAUGGUGGCCGGCUACCCAGUGCUGCUGGUGAGGAACAAGAAAGAGUUCAAUGCCCUGGGCAGCAAGUGCCCCCACUAUGGUGCCCCGCUCAGCAAAGGUGUCUUCAAAGGGGAGAGGCUGCGCUGCCCCUGGCACGGUGCCUGCUUUAACAUCAAAACUGGAGACAUCGAGGAGUACCCUUCUCUGGACUGCCUUCCCUGCUUUAAGGUAACAGUGGAAGAUGGAAAGGUGUUUGUUACAGCAAAAAAGAAGGAUCUUGAAAGCAGCCUGAGGGUGAAAGACACAAGCAAGCGAUGCCUUCUCAACCGGAACACGAUGCUGCUUCUAGGGGGAGGUGUGGCUGCCCUGGUGUGUGCAGAGACACUUCGCCAAGAGGGCUUUACUGGCAGGAUCAUCAUGGCCACCAAAGAGAAACAUGUUCCAUAUGACAAGUCCAAACUGAGCAAGAAAAUGAACUUGAAAGCUGAGGACUUGUACCUGAGGAAAUCUGAAUUCCUCGAUGCUUGUGACAUAGAGCUCUGGACAGAGAAAGAGGCAGUGUCGGUGGAUUUCCAGAAACAGAAGGUCCACUUCAUGGACGGGUGCUCUCAGAAGUACAACCAGCUGCUCAUUGCAACAGGCAGCCACUCCAACUCCCUCAAAGUCCCAGGUGCAGACCUGCAGAACGUGUGCAUUCUCCAAACCCCAGAAGACUCUAGAAAGAUCUUAGAGCUGGCAACUGGGAACAAUCUGGUGAUCAUAGGAGCUUCAUUCAUAGGAAUGGAGAUAGCUGCCUUCCUCUCAGACAAGGCUGGUGCCAUCUCAGUGGUGGAAAAAAAUGAGUUCCCUUUCCAGAAUGCACUGGGUCCUCAGGUUGGAGGUGUCGCCAUGAAGAUGCUGCAAAAUAAAGGGGUGAAGUUUUACAUGAAAACAGAAGUCUGUGAGCUGAAAGGAAAGGAUGGGAAGGUCACAGAGGCUGUUCUUGCCAGUGGAGAGAAACUACCUGCAGAUGUGGUAGUGGUGGGAAUAGGGGUCUUCCCCAACUCAGCAUUUCUGAAGGGCACUUCCAUCAGCAGAGAUGACAGUGGUGCCAUCCUGGUGGAUCUGCGCAUGCAAACCAACAUCCCAAAUGUCUUCGCUGCGGGGGAUGUGGUCUCCUUUCCUGUAGCGCUGCUCAACGGGGACCAGUCCAGCAUCCAUCACCAACAGGUGGCCGAGGCCCAUGGUCACAUUGCUGCAUUGAAUAUGCUGAAGAAAGACAAGGAGUUGCACACUGUCCCCUUCUUCUGGACCACGAUGCUUGGGAAAAGCAUCCGCUAUGCAGGCUGCGGGAAGGGAUACACGGACACUGUUGUGAAGGGCAGCCUGGAGCAACAGAAGUUCCUGAUCUUUUACAUCAAGGACGGUUUCGUGACUGCAGCUGCCAGCCUGAACAGUGACCCCAUGGUGUCUCUGAUUGCAGAAGUUUUAUACUCAGGAAAACAAAUCUCUAAAGAAGAACUACUAGAGAAGGACAUAAAGCUUGCCACUGAAGAACUGGUGCUG